GAAAUUAGAAAAAAAUUGGAAUGUGGGUUGAAUUAGAUAAAGAGUUUGAUUAUUUUAAGAAAGUAAUUUAUGCUGGUAAAUAUAAUGUGAAUGGUAAUAAGACGGAUUUAUGGAAUAUAUUGCAUCUUAAAGAUAAUAAAAAAGAAUUUAAAUAAAUGUACAUUUGUAUAAGGGAAUAUAUAGUGGUGGAGGAUCAUAUGAUAAAGAAGGAAUUUAGAAAAAGAUGGGAAAGUGGAUAGAACUGGAUGAACAGUUUUCAAAUAAUAAUUAAGUUAUUUAUAAUGGCGAGUACAAUCUAAAUUGUAUGAAGGUAGGUA